CUGGCAAGAAACAGCAAGCCACAGCAAGCACUCCGGGGGCAAACCAAUGGUGGUGGCUGCACUGACUUUCUCCUUGCCCAAAGCAGAGAGUGAGGAAAGUCAGGAAGAUGUCAGGUGAGGCAUCUCAGGGCAAUUGUCUGUUAAUGCGGAACUGUUGGGCACGACUUCCACUGGGUGAGGGCGGGCAGGGAAGGGUUCCCUUUCCAUGCGAUUAGGUAAUUCAUGAAAGAUGUACAGUGGUACCUCGGGUUAAGUACUAAAUUUGUUCCGGAGGUCCGUACUUAACCUGAAACUGUUCUUAACCUGAAGCACCACUUCAGCUAAUGGGGCAUCCCACUGCUGCCGUGCCGCCGGAGCACUAUUUCUGUUCUCAUCCUGAAGCAAAGUUCUUAACCUGAAGCACUAUUUCUGGAUUAGCGGAGUCUGUAACCUAAGCGUAUGUAACCUGAGGUACCACUGUACGUGCGUCUCUAUAACACCUACGCUGACGGAUGCCCCCUUUACACUGAUCUAUGCAGUCUUGACUACUGCUCUCUAAUUUUAUGCAAUAAAACAUCACACGCAUAGCUGAGCAGAGAUGAAAGGGGGAGAGAGAAAAACGUUGGUACGGCAGGUAUCACCAAAAUUACUUUGUGAGAAAGGGCAGUCCAGUAUUUCUCUAAUGGGUAAAGGUUGAACUGAAGGGACAUAAACUUCAAAGGGGAAGCAAAAGGGUUAGGAAUGUGAUGGAUGUGAGAUAACAAUAAGUUAAUCAUCGACCCUUGCAUUCCAGAGUUUGGGGGACCUACUCUUAUUGCACUUGGGCAAAAAAAAUGAGAGGCACAAAUACAAGAUGGGUGACACCUGGCUUGAGAGCAGUACAUGUGAAAAGGAUCUAGGAGUCUUGGUUGACCACAAACUUGACAUGAGCCAACAGUGUGACGCGGCAGCUAAAAAAGCCAAUGCAAUUCUGGGCUGCAUCAAUAGGAGUAUAGCAUCUGGAUCAAGGGAAGUAAUAGUGCCACUGUAUUCUGCUCUGGUCAGACCUCACCUGGAGUACUGUGUCCAGUUCUGGGCACCACAGUUCAAGAAGGACACUGACAAACUGGAACGUUGUCCAGAGGAGGGCAACCAAAAUGGUCAAAGGCCUGGAAACGAUGCCUUAUGAGGAACAGCUAAGGGAGCUGGGCAUGUUUAGCCUGGAGAAGAGGAGGUUAAGGGGUGAUAUGAUAGCCAUGUUCAAAUAUAUAAAAGGAUGUCACCUAGAGGAGGGAGAAAGGUUGUUUUCUGCUGCUCCAGAGAAGCGGACACGGAGCAAUGGAUCCAAACUACAAGAAAGAAGAUUCCACCUAAACAUUAGGAAGAACUUCCUGACAGUAAGAGCUGUUCGACAGUGGAAUUUGCUGCCAAGGAGUGUGGUGGAGUCUCCUUCUUUGGAGGUCUUUAAGCAGAGGCUUGACAACCAUAUGUCAGGAGUGCUCUGAUGGUGUUUCCUGCUUGGCAGGGGGUUGGACUCAAUGGCCCUUGUGGUCUCCUCCAACUCUAUGAUUCUAUGAUUCUAUGAUACUGUUUGCAAUAAUUUUUCUCUCUCAUUCUGUAUGCUAUAUGUAUUUCAUUCAUCUGGUGAAGUGAGGCCUAGUCCAGACGUAUAACACAAUUAUGCAUAUCUGUUUUUAAAUUUGGCUGAAUUUUACCUGCAUAUUGAUAUAACAAUAAUAACAAUAACAAUUUAUUAUUUAUACCCCGCCCAUCUGGCUGGGCCUCCCCAGCCGCCCUGGGAGGCUUCCAACAGAGCACACAAAUACAAUACAAUACCUCGGGUUGAAGUUGCUUCAGGUUGAGCGCUUUCGGGUUGCGCUCUGCGGUGACCCGGAAGUAACAUGUUCUGUUACUUCCGGUUUUCGCCGCUUGUGCAUGCGCAGAUGGUCAAAAUGACGUCACAUGCAUGCACGGCAGCAGCGAAUCACGACCUGCGCAUGCACAGACGCGGGUUGCGUUCGCUUCCGAAUGCGAACGGGGCUCCAGAACAGAUCCUGUUCAUAUCCAGAGGUACCACUGUAGUCCGUCAAACAUUAAAAGCUUCCCUAUAUUGAUAUUUCUUUUAUAGUGUUUUCUGAACACCACUUACACACCUCCAGGUGUCCCUAUUUUCCAGUGACAGUCCUGAAUUUACAGACGCCAUCCCAGUUUCUGAUUUGCUCCUGGAAUCUCCCGCUUUUCUUUAGGAUGUUCAUAUUGUCAUCAGAGGAGGGUAUUGAGUUACAUGACUCCUGAACCAAGGAGAUAAGUAACAAUACAACCUUUAGAAGACAUCUGAAGGCAGUCCUGUAUAGGAAAGUUUUUUUUAAUGUUUGUUUUGUUUUGUUUUGUUUUGUUUUGUUUUGUCUUUGGAAGCUGUCCAGAGUGGUUGAGGAAACCAAGUUAGAUGGGCAGGGUACAAAUAAUUAAAUUAUUAUUAUGGAAUAGGAUGUUCCUAUUUUCAUCAGAGAAAUCUUGGAGGGUAUGCACUUAAUAGAUUUCUAAUAUUGCAGUGGUACCUCGGGUUAAGAACUUAAUUCAUUCUGGAGGUCUGUUCUUAAUCUGAAACUGCUUUUAACCUGGGGUAUCACUUUAGCUGGGACGCGGGUGGCGCUGUGGGUUAAAAACCACAGAGCCUAGGACUUGCCGAUCAGAAGGUCGGCGGUUCGAAUCCCCACAACGGGGUGAGCUCCCGUUGCUCGGUCCCUGCUCUUGCCAACCUAGCAAUUAAGUUCGUAAGCAGAGCUACCACUGUAACAGCAGUAACAGUUAUUCCGUGCAUCCCACUCAGGGCCCCUGCCUCACCUGCCUACCCACCCACUCACUGGUCUUUCAAUCACCGCAGAUGAAAAAUAUUAUUGAAAGCAUGCUUUUGGGUUGAGUUAAAUGCCUCACUGCCUCUAGAUAUCUGUAGCUUGAUAACUGGAGGUUCUUGCUUAAGGGUAUUUAGCGACUGGUGGUUACUCAAAGUUACUGGAAGUUGUGUCACAGUUCACCUACUCAGAUAGGAACUGAUGCAAUUACUUUCGCAUGCAAAUUGGCUAGGAGCAAGACAGGUGAGUCCCUGCAGCUGUAGGCACUGUGGGAAGGUACAUGGCAUGCGGUGUUGCCUUUUGGGCACUGGUUCCAUCGACAUAUUCAAUAUCUAUGAUAUGCAUCUGUUUUGAGAUGGAGAAACCAGAAGCAUGAACAGUACUCUAAAAUGUGGCCAAGGCAGAGAGUUUUAUAAGGGUGUUACAGGAAAUUCCAGGCAUCGUAAUCCGUAGCAAGCUCUUUGACAUUUUCAUAGCUGCUGCACAUGUUGUUUUUCAUCUACCAACAAGCCCAAUGACUCUUUUCUAGUUAGUCACUGAUGUUUCAGACCCAACUGACGUCGAAGCAAAAUUAGGGGUUGUUUUUAAGUAUUGGAGGGGUGCAAUUUGAAUCACCAAAUAAAUUUGGGAUUUUUUUUUCAAAUGAAUUAGAGCUGUUCUGGACAUUACACAGCUGCACCCAAAAGGUCAAUCACUGCUGCUUUACCGCCACAUCUUUAGGAUACACAUACCCAAGGGUUUUUUUUCCAGCUGGAACUCAAUUCCGGCAUCUCCCAGUUGGGCACCAUUGCCAUUCUAAGAGAACAAGGGUGAGUCCCAGAACUUCUUUUUCUAGAAAAAUAGCCCUGCAUAACAGUAGCAAACAUGCUUUAUCGCUGCCUGCUAAAAACACAAUUGUUUAGACAAGCCUACCCUUAGAAAGUUGAGUUUGUUUUUUUUUGCCAUUCUGUAAUAUUUUUAUUCAUUUUCAAAUACAAAUUUAUAUAUAAAGUUGAGAUAAUUUUGAUCUGUUUUCGUAUUUUAACUUUUGUAUGUUUAAACUAGGGUUGUGUUUUCUCUCUCUUGAUUUUACUGUUUCAUCCUUUGUAAGCCACUUUGGGGACACGGGUGGUGCUGUGCUUUAAAUCUCUGUGUCGCUUGGACUUGCCAAUCGGAAGGUUGGCAGUUCGAAUCCCUGCGAUGGGGUGAGCUCCCAUUGUUUGGUCCCUGCUCCUGCCAACCUAGCAGUUUGAAAGCACGUCAAAGUGCAAGUAGAUAAAUAGGUACUGCUCCGGCGGAAAGGUAAAAGGCGUUUCCGUGCGCUGCUCUGGUUCGCCAGAAGCCGCUUAGUCAUGCUGGCCACGUAACCCGGAAAAACUGUCUGCACACAAAUGUCGGUUACCUCGGCAUAAAGAAUAUUUAGAAAACUAUGGAAUAAUAGGAAACAUCCUGGCAGAAUUAGACUGAUCCCUGUAUUGUAUAAAUAAAUAUAAGCUUGUAGGGAGGUAAAAAGAAAUUAUAUAAGAAAUAUGUAACUGUGCAGUAUAAUGUAAUGGAUAGACAAAGAACAGUGAGAUUAAUUGGAAGUCAGUUUAAAAUUUCUUUUCUAUAAAUUUUAUAAUUGUGUUCAAUACCAGGAGUAUAUAUGAUGAUAAUUAUAUUAAUCUUCUUAUAUCUUAUAGUGUGGUGGGUUGUUUGAUUUUUCUGUUUGUUUGUUUGUUUGUUUGUUUGUUUGUUUACUUGCAUGUACGUCUGUUUUUCAUAAAUGUAUUUAUUUUAAAUUAAUAAAGAUAUAUUUUAAAAAAACAGUGAAUGCCAGUGGUAUUGAAGAAUGGAGCACAUAGUGCAUAUUCCCUCUAUCACUUGAGAUUUAUAACUGUGGGGGGCUGGACUAGAUCGUCCUCAAGAUCCCUUCCAAUUCUACGAUUCCAUGAUUCUAAUAUUCACCGUUUAGAAUAAUGGCAUGAAGAAACUUUCAAGCACCCGCCAAACAGAACUUGCAUUUGAUCGUUUAAGCUGCCUCAUACAUGAUUUAAGUCAUUUACCUAAUGCACAUCCCACACCAACUCUAAUGCAGUGCACUAAUGCUGGUACUCCAACGCCACUCCAACGCUCACUGCAAAAUGAAUAGCAGUUAUGGCUAGUCACACAUAUAAGAAGAGCCCUAAGAAUAUUGGAAUCCUACGCACACUAUGGAAGUCAAUCCAAUUAAUUUCACUGAGAACUACUUCUGAAUCGAUAGGAGCAGAGUUGGACCAAAAUAGUGGCCUUUCAGUUUUCAGAAUUAGAAGAGAGAGAAAGGAAAACUGACUUUCUAAGAGAAAGGCAGUGCAGUAUGAGGAAAAAACCUCUUUUUGAUAAUAUUACAACAAAAUGGGACGCGGGUGGCGCUGUGGGUUAAACCACAGAGCCUAGGACUUGCCGAUCAGAAGGUCGGCAGUUCGAAUCCCCGUGACGGGGUGAGCUCCCGUUGCUCAGUCCCUGCUCCUGCCCACCUAGCAGUUCAAAAGCACGUCAAAGUGCAAGUAGAUAAAUAGGUACCGCUCCAGCGGGAAGGUAAAUGGCGUUUCUGAGCGCUGCUCUGGUUUGCCAGAAGCGGCUUAGUCAUGCUGGCCACAUGACCUGGAAGCUGUACGCCGGCUCCCUCGGCCAAUAAAGCAAGAUGAGCGCCACAACCCCAGAGUCGGCCACGACUGGACCAAAUGGUCAGGGGUCCCUUUACCUUUACCUUUAUUACAACAAAACUAAAGUUUUCCUAAUAUAAUUUUGGGGCUGUGACAGUUUCUUCCCUGAUAUAGAAGCUCAAGUCAAUCUGCACUUGCACUGAACUUUGCUUGCACUUGGCUGUAGACUAGGGAAAUAUUAGAGCCACCACGAUCUACGAAUUAUCACAAUCUGGGGUGCCCUCUAAACCUUUUGUAGUGUUGCAUAGUUGAAAACCCUACAAAAGGUUUGGAGGGGAUCUCAAAGUUCAGGGUUCGUUGUUAAUGAAGCUCUCCCAUUCCUAUAUUUACCUUACCAGGCAGAGGAAUUUCAAGAAUGUUUUGAACUGGACUGCUCAGACUUUUUCCAUUUGAAAAGAAUAUGAACUGUGAGUUAGAAAGUCUCCCAUUCCAAACAGGUUUCUGUCUGCUUCACCUGUCUUACAAGGUAUUGUUGCGAGGACUACUGAGCAAGCAUUUUAAGCACCUAGAUAAAUGCUAAGUGAAGACCCUAAAAAAUCCACAGAUGCCUUUACUCUAUGGUACAUUCCCUGUUCACAUUCUGAUAGGGUUGCCAUACGGCCAGAAUUUCCUGCUCAUAGCCAGGAUUCAGUCAUCGGAAACGGCGUCCAGGAGGAAAUUGCUAGAAUGUCUGGGAAAAUCCAGACGUAUUGGCAGCCCAUGAGGACAGUGUAGAUUAGGGAGAAUUUCCUUAGAAAUACAGUGGUACCUCGGGUUACAUACGCUUCAGGUUACAGACUCCGCUAACCCAGAAAUAGUACCUCGGGUUAAAAACUUUGCUUCAGGAUGAGAACAGAAAUUGUGUUCCAGCGGUGCGGCAGCAGUGGGAGGGCCCAUUAGCUAAAGUGGUGCCUCAGGUUUAGAACAGUUUCAGGUUAAGAACGGACCUCCGGAACGAAUUCAGUACUUAACCUGACGUACCACUGUAGCUCAAAAACUUCAAAGCUCAAAAACUUUGCCCCCAAAAGCUGGGCAAACGUUUGUGUCCAGAUUUUCACUUUUUGAAAUGUGGCAACCCUAGGUAGAUAUGCACUCACGUAUGUUUUACAUGCAAGCAUCUGCAAAGAUUGAUGCACCGCUCACACAGUUCCUCACUUUGCCACCACACACAGCACAUUGCAAUGCAGCCAAACUAGAUAAUAAUAAUAAUAAAAAUUAUAAUAAAAUUUUAUUUAUAUCCUGCCCUCCCCAGCCAAAGCCGGGCUCAGAGCAGCUAACAACAGUAAAAUAAUACAGCAUUCUAAAAUCAAUUCAUUAUAAAAUCAUUUCAAAUCCAGUUGAUGGCAACCAUUGGGCUAGAGUUCUGUGAAGAAAUUACCAGGCCUGGUGGAACAGCUGUCUAGCAGGCCCUGUGGAAAGAGGUCAAGUCCUGCAGGGCCCUAGUCUCUUGUGACAGAGCGUUCCACCAUAUUGGAGCCACAGCCAAAAAAGCCCUGGCUCUGGUUGAGGCCAGCCUAACCUCUCUGUGGCCCGAGACCUCCAAGAUGUUUUUGUUUGCAGACUGUAAGGUCCUCCAUGGGACAUAACAGGAGAGGCGGUCCUGUAGGUACGAGGGUCCUAGGCCAUAUGGGGCUUUAAAGGUUAAAACCAGCACCUUAAACCUGAUCCUGUACUCCACCGGGAGCCAGUGCAGCUGUUAUAGCACUGGGUGAAUGUGAUCCCGCAGCGAGGACCCCGUAAGGAGUCUCGCCGCGGCAUUCUGCACCUGCUGGAGUUUCUGGGUCAGUCUCAAGGGCAGCCCCACGUAGAGUGAGUUACAAUAAUCCAGUCUGGAGGUGACCUUCGUGUGGAUCACAGUGGCUAGGUCAGGGCGAGAGAGGUAAGGAGCCAACUGCUUAGCUUGGCGGAGAUGAAAAAAUGCCACCUUUGUUGUAGCCGCAGUCUGCGCCUCCAUGGAAAGGGAGGUGUCGAAGAUUACACCCAAACUCUUAACGGACGGUGCUGGCACUAAUUGCGCCCCCGCAAGAGAUGACGCAGGUGGCGCUGUGGGUUAAACCACAGAGCCUAGGACUUGCUGAUCAGAAGGUCGGCGGUUCAAAUCUCCGCAAUGGGGUGAGCUCCCAUUGCUCGGUCCCUGCUCCUGCCAACCUAGCAGUUCGAAAGCACGUCAAAGUGCAAGUAGAUAAAUAGGUACCACUCCAGCGGGAAGGUAAACGGCAUUUCCGUGCGCUGCUCUGGUUCGCCAGAAGUGGCUUAAUCAUGCCGGCCACAUGACCCGGAAGCUGUACGCCGACUCCCUCAGCCAGUAAAGCAAGAUGAGCGCCGCAACCCCAGAGUCGGUCACGAUUGGACCUAACGGUCAGGGGUCCCUUUACCUUUAAGAGAUGGGAGUUGCCCCCUAAUCCCAUAUCGUCCCGACCCAGCCAAAGGACCUCUGUCUUCGAAGGAUUUAACUUCAACCGGCUCCCACGUAACCAUCCAGCCACAGCUUCCAAACAUCUGAUCAGAUGCCAGAUUAAUUGUGUACUUGUCUAGUUUUUGCAUUUUAAAAGGAGCCACAGAAGCGGGGGAAGAGAGAGAGGCUACAUGUUCCGAAAGCCUGACAUUGAAAGACUAUAUGCAUGCAGAGGGGAAUUUAUUCGAAACCUCAAAUUAAAAUAGAUGCUGAAUGAGCGUGAUAGAGAAACCAUUAUUUAGGGAGGGAGAUGCACUCUAGAAAAAGGGAUUUGCUGCUCUCAUACAGGUACUGAGCACUGGAAGGAAAAAAUAACACAGAGGAACGUUAGCGAUGAGAGUUAACCAGUUCCUUACAGUGGAGCAGAAUGUUGGUGAACAAAAAGAAUAGGUGGAGCAGUGGCCUUAAAAAUUCACUUGCUGUCAUUUACAAAUGGCUCUCUUGUGUAUAAAUGAAUGGUUAUUUUAGUAUGUAUUCCUUACUUCUGAGCACCUGCUUUUCUUUUCUUUUUUAAUUUAUAAAUUUUAUUAGUAUUUUUCCACCCAGCAACAACACAAAAGAUAUCGAAAAAUAACAAUACACAAAACACAAAAACUAACAUUCAAAAACAUACAAAAAAAUCCAUAUCUUACAAGUUAAUAAUAUACACACUAAAAAGAAAAACAAACAUUGACUUCCACCAAUCCCUCAGCACCUCCUUUAUUGUGUCUUCCUGUUUUCCUUAUCAUCUCUAUCCUAACAUCUAAAUAUAAGUCCCUCUUUCUUAUCCUUUCACUUCACAGACUCAGCCAGAUUUCAGUCCUCGAACCUUGACUUUUAAGGUAUUCAUUUAGGCACUCCCAUUCUUUUUUUACUUCACAUUUUGGUUUUUGUCUUAUUAUGUCUGUCAGUUUGGCUAAUUCUAAGUAUUCUGAAAACUUACAUAACCACUCUCUCCUAGUCGGUAACUGAUUCCCUUUCCAAUACUACAGUGGUACCUCAGGUUACAUGCACUUCAGGUUACAUACGCUUCAGGUUACAUGCGCUUCAGGUUACAUACGCUUCAGGUUACAGGCUCCGCUAAUCCAGAAAUAGUACCUCAGGUUAAGAACUUUGCUUAAGGAUGAGAACAGAAAUCGCACGGCGGCAGUGGGAGGCCCCAUUAGCUAAAGUGGUGCUUCAGGUUAAGAACAGUUUCAGGUUAAGAACGGACCUCCAGAACGAAUUAAGUUCUUAACCCGAGGUACCACUGUAUUGGAAAGAGCACCGGCUUUUCUACAUGUAUUCCGUCUUCUCUCCUUUCAUGCUUCUCCCUUCUGUUCUCUCCCUCUUCUUCUCUUCCUAAUCCUUCUUUCCUAGCUCAGCCACACCAGAGUUCCCUGAUCCCUUGGUCUGCUACUUUCUGGCCCUGACUCCUUCCCUGGAUGCAACUUUCUAGCAUCCAGGCAGCUCUGUCAAUGGCAGGAAGAGAGUCUGACCUCACUCAAUAGCAAGCAGUUACCCUAAAAUGGAGGGACAUGGGUGGCGCUGUGGGUUAAACCACAGAGCCUAGGACUUGCCGAUCAGAAUACCCGGCGGUUCGAAUACCCGCAACGGGGUGAGUUCCCCUUACUCGGUCCCAGCUCUUGCCAACCUAUCAGUUCGAAAGCAUGUCAAAGUGCAAGUAGAUAAAUAGGUACCGCUCCAGCGGGAAGGUAAACGGCGUUUCCGUGCGCUGCUCUGGUUCACCAGAAGCGGCUUAGUCAUGCUGGCCACAUGACCCGGAAGCUGUAUGCCAGCUCCCUCGGCCAAUAAAGCGAGAUGAGCACCACAACCCCAGAGUCGGCCACGACUGGACCUAAUGGUCAGGGGUCCCUUUACCUUUACCUUUACCCUAAAAAGGGGAGAGAGCAAUUCAGCCAAUGGCUGCAGAUCUAUGGCUGACAGACUGUCCGUGAAUGGCAGGCAGCUGAGCCAAUCGUUGCUAGGUGUUUCACGGCCCAAGAAUUUUGCACAUCAUGAAGUGUCAGUGUACAGAAUCUGUUACCCUUUUUUUGUGCUGGGACAUCAAAUCUCCAUAAAUUUCCUGCAAUUUGGCUUGUCAGCUCUGAGUGGUCUUGGCAUUAAGACAACUCUCCCAAGAACCACCAAUGGAGAGGCGAAGUUUUAGUCUCAAGACCAACCCCCCAUUGUUCAAAAUUGUCUCUUCACAUGAUAAUACAAGCCUCCUCUCCAGCAAGAGAAGUUAUCACAUAAAGCUUUCAAAACCUAGUUACUUUGGUUGAUUUUUUUUUUUUAAUAAUUACAGCAAUUUGGAUAGGUAAAUCAAGUUUCAUUGCUAAGACGCGUCUUAAAAGUGGAUUCCAAGGAGGCUUAAUAACAGGAAAAAUAUUGCCGCCUAGUUGACAGAUUCCGUAUGAACUCAUCAGCAAAUUGACUAAACAAAGCCUUCUUUAAAUAUUUUUCCUCUGUCACUUCAUGUUGAAGCUUAUUUCCUCUAGUGCAUGAAGCAAUGAAAUAUUAAUUCUAAAGCAUUUCUUUUUCUUUGAAUAAUCUGCAGGCUUUGCCUCUAGAUGGAUUUUAGAUGACAUUUCCCCCUCCUCUCCUCAUUUUUUCUGCUAACCACUCCCCUGAGCUACUAUUACCUAACUUUUACACAAACAAGCAGAGCUCAGAAGCUCUAACUCAACAGCUGCCUGGAACCUAGACUCGCUUGCUUGUCACCCUUUGCGCAAAGAGACUGCACCCAACUGGAAAGUUUUUCGGGGAAAACAAAUCUUUGCAGAAGGAAUCCCUCGCUGAAGGUAGGACGAUCGCAAUUACUUUUAGAACCAGCUGAGGAUGAAAACAGACAGCAUUCUUAGACUGUGUACACACCCCCAUCCACCACUGGUUUGGGAAGCAGUUUGCAUUCGAUUCAGACUCUAUUCUAUCGUUUCUUAUGAAACACUGAGUUUUUAUGAGUUUCCCCGCCAAAACCAGCUUCAAUCUGAAUCGAGAAAAAGAGAGUUCUAGUUGUAUUUUAAGCCGAUAACAUGCACACAGCGUUAGUGUAAUGAACAUAUAUUCUCUGCCUACGAAGGCAAGUAGCUUUGAAGGCAGCAAACACAUGUUUAGACUACUUCCAUUGCACUUAGUCUGUUUGUCUUGUCUUCACUGUGUAUUAAACACCAGUGGGAAAGUCUUGACUUCUUUUUUUUCAACUUUUGGGAAAACUGAUGCCGUUUUGGGGAAUGCUGAGGAAAAGGGGUGAUUCAGUGCUGUGAUAUUUUCCCAGCCAUAUUCAAGAGGGGUUGUGUUUUUGGGUUUCUUAAAAUAAUAAUGUGGGACAUUGCUAGUUCCAUGUCGGAGAAUCACAGAAUUGUAGCGUUGGAAUGGGUCCCCAGGGUCAUCUAAUCCAACCCCCCCCCCACAAUGCAGGAAUCAAUCAGGUGGUGAUAAAUUUUACUUUUUUAAAAAAAAAUAAUAUUUAUUACUUUUCCAACAAUUUAAACAUUACAAAAAAAGAAUAAACAAUACAAUACAAAAACAAUACAAAACACUAACACAUUAAACUAACAAAACAAAACAAAAACAAUUUAAAACACAUCAAACAUUUUCAAUAUCUUAUCUUUCAUUCACUUAUUUCCACGACCUCCUCACACCUCCCUUUUUGUAUUCCACUUCUGUUAAUUGUUUCAGCAAUUCCUUUCCAUCUUCCUCUGUUUUCUAUCCUAUAAUUAUCUUAACACAUUUUAACCUUGUUUUUCCCUUUAAUUUUCUAUUAAUCUAUUUAUACUUAAUUCCUUAUAACGUUUCUACUAAAGCCAUAUAACUUCAUCCCAACAUUUUUCUAACAUUCAUUAAUUUUACAGUAUUUCUGUAAAUAAUCUUUAAUUUUUUUCCAAUCUUCUUCCACCGACUCUUCUCCCUGGUCUUGGAUUCUGCCAGUCAUUUCCGCCAAUUCCAUACAGUCCAUCAACUUCAUCUGGUGAUAAAUUUUACAACCAAAUAUAUCCUGUAACUAGCUGCUAUAGAGAGGUGGUGAAGGAUUCAGUCAGGCAAGAUGAGGGAAUAAUGGAGAUUGGGUCUAAUGAAUACUUUUGUUAUUACCUCAGAAAAGACAUGGGCAUAACACAGCCACCUAAUAUGUUUUCGGCUGAGGGAUCUGAAUUGGAGAAACAAUUGGGUUUUUUUAAAUACCUCACCCCUGUUUAAAAACCAGAACACCCUGUUUCUGUAACAUAAACAUGACAUUUUUGAGAUCGCCUAAAGACAGCUCUAAAAUGCUGCGCGGUGAACCAGAAAAUCUUCCAAGUUCAAAUCUCACCUCAGUCAUUAAUAUUAUUGUCUAGAUCAUGGGUAGGCAAACUAAGGCCCAGGGGCCGGAUCCGGCCCAAUCGUCUUCUAAAUCCGGUCCGCGAAUGGUCCGGGGAUCAGCAUGUUUUUACAUGAGUAGAAUGUGUCCUUUUAUUUAAAAUGCAUCUCUGGGUUAUUUGUUGGGCCUGUCUGGUGUUUUUACAUGAGUAGAAUGUGUCCUUUUAUUUAAAAUGCAUCUCUGGGUUAUUUGUGGGGCAUAGGAAUUUGUUCAUUCACCCCCCCCCCAAUAUAGUUUGCCACAAGGUCUGAGGGACAGUGGACCGGCCCCCUGCUGAAAAAGUUUGCUGAUCCCUGGUCUAGGUGUCCCUAAACAAGGUGCAGUCUCCUUUACCCCAGUGGAAGAGUGGUAACAUCACCUGCAUAAUAGCCUUCUAAGGAUUGAGAUCACAUAUGUGAAAUAGUUUCAUAGAACCAUAGAAUGGUAGAGUUGGAAGGGACUCUAAGGAUCAUCUAGUCCCAACCCUUUGCAAUGCAGGAAUCUCAACUAGAUUCUACGUGACUGAUGGCCAACCAAUCUCUGUUUAAAAACCUCCAAACUCCCACUUCUGGGAGUCGGUUCCACUGUCAAACAGCUCUUACUCAGAAAGUUCCUCCUAAUGUUUAGUUGGGAUUUCCUUUCUUGUAGUUUGAUUCCAUUGUCGAAACAAAACUAAAAAAUUCCUUCCAGUAGCACCUUAAAGGUACCCUGACCAUUAGGUCCAGUUGUGUGGCUCUGGGGUUGCGGCAUUUAUCUCGCUUUAUUGGCCGAGGGAGCUGGCAUACAGCUUCCGGGUCAUGUGGCCAGCAUGACUAAGCCGCUUCUGGCGAACCAGAACAGUGCACGGAAAAGCCGUUUACCUUCCCGCCAGAGCUGUGCCUAUUUAUCUACAUGCACUCUGACGUGCUUUCGAACUGCUAGGUUGGCAGGAGCAGGGACCGAGCAAUGGGAGCUCACCCCUUCGCGGGGAUUCGAACUGCCCAUUUUCUGAUUGGCAAGUCCUAGGCUCUGUGGUUUAACCCACAGCGCCACCCGUGUCCCACCUUAGAGUAGCACCUUAGAGACCAACUAAGUUUGUUGUUGGUAUGAGCUUUCGUGUGCAUGCACACUUCUUCAGAUUCUUGGUUUGAGUCCUACCCUCCAAAGCAGGGGUCAGCAACCUUUUUCAGCUGUGGGCCGGUCUGGCGUCCCUCAAACCAUGUGGUGGGCCAGACUAUAUUUUUUUGGGGGGGGAAUGAAUUCCUAUGCCCCACAAAUAACCCAGAGAUGCAUUUUAAAUAAAAACACACAUUCUACUCAUGUAAAAACACGCUGAUUCCUGGACUGUCCGUGGGCCCGAUUGAGAAGGCGAUUGGGCCACAUCCAGCCCACAGGCCUUAGGUUGUCUACCCCUGCUCCAGAGCAAGGGAAAACAGGCUUGCUCCAUCUUCCAUGCUACAGCCCUUUAGAUAUCUGAAGAUGGCCAUCAUGUUUCCUCUUUACCACACUAAACACGGCCAAUUCCCUCCACCAUUUCUCAUAAGGCUUGGUUUCCAGACCUUUGACCAUCUUGGUUGCCCUCCUCAGCACAAUGUUAUAAAAUGCUUUUAAUAUUUUUCCUUUGGCGUUGGUGCUCUUACCAAAGCCGUUGACGCCACUUUUCUCUGCAUUAUUUUCAUAGCCCUUUGCAGGUUCCGCAUAACUCCGCCAUGUUCUCGCUGCUGUUUCUCGCCACCGGCGUGGCCCUAUGUGUAACUGAUGCCCAGCCGAAUGAAGAAAACGCACUCCAGGACAUGCAGAAAAAAGUCAACGACCUGUGGCUGAGUUUGCUCUAUCCGCAGCUGUACGAGGAUAUCGUGGCCUCCAACCGGACUGCUUAUGCCUCCUGCUUGAUGAAACCCAGCCCUAAAGUAGGUGCGGACAAGCCGCAGGUUACAGGACACGUUCUGUUCAGGCAGGCCUACCCAAAUGGGAAACUGGAAGCUAUUUUCAACUUGGAUGGCUUUCCGGCAGGCGCCAACUUAUCCGGGAGAGCGAUUCAUAUCCACCAGUACGGAGACCUCAGCGACGGCUGCGACUCCGCAGGCGGACACUACAAUCCCUUCAAGGAAAACCACCCGCGUCACCCUGGGGACUUUGGGAACUUCUACUCUAAGGAAGGCACGAUUAAAAAAUAUAAGGCCAAUCUCGUGGCCACCCUGUUUGGCCCGUACAGCAUCAUAGGGAGAUCGGUUGUGAUCCACGAGCAAGAAGACGACCUGGGGAAAGGGAACAACAAGGCCAGUUUGGAGAACGGCAACGCGGGCAAGCGUCUGGCUUGCUGUGUCGUCGGAACAGGCACCAAAAACCUGUGGGAAAGGCAGUUCCCCGAGGUUAAGGAGAAGAGGAAGAAAAUGCUCACGACCAAAGAGGCAAGCAGCAGCUCGCAUGGCGUUGCUGCUAAACCGUAGGAAAGCCUUCUGGUUCUUUUGAGAAAGUGUAAGAUACGCCUUUUGCUCUGUCGUAGUGCUCCGUUCCGUAAGCAGAUUAAUAAUAAAAAGUAGCGGCGUAUGAUUUAAAGGUUCAGGCUUGCUCCACCCCACCCCGCCAGCUCUAAAGUUUAUCCUUGAUAUAGUAAGGAGGACUGUACGCUUCGCUACUGAAAUCUUGAGCAACCCUGCUUAUUGUGUGCCAUAUCUCUUAGGGGGGAAAUAUCAAGAACAAGAAAGCUGGAGGAACAAACGGUAAAAAUAAAUGUCUCCAACUAAGAUGGUGUGCUCUGUUUUCCUAUAUACCUGAAACGCAUAAAGAAAAUACUUUCCUUUCAACUGUUUGAGGAUGGGCUGGCAGAGAGUGAUAACAGCCCCCCCCCCCCCCCAGAGCUCAGGUAGGAGUUUGUGUGUUAUUUCUAUUUUAAAACUUCAGAUCCAUUAUUUUAUUCUGCUUAUAUUUGCAGGUUUUACUUCCUAACUCUUUUUAAGCUUCUUAGCUGGUUUGAGUUAUCCACAGUCCUGUAGCUGUGUCACACUGUUUAUAUUUGAAGCAAGUGUUUCCAAAAACAUUCCUGACUUUUUCUUCGUCACUGAAUAAAUAUUUGGGAAAGUGCGAUUUGAAUCACUUCUGGUUAAAUUGUGUAAUGCUGUUUGUGCAAUGUUGAUAAAUGAAGGGGGAUCUCUUUCUGCAUGUUUUCAAGAGUGACAAAUGAACUAUGCCACAGAAGCACAGCAAUGUAGUUUUGUGCAGCUGUUGAGAGUACUGAACUAAUAAAAUAGAGCAGAAUACAUUUUUUCAUUCCAGAA